AGCAGGCGCCGCGGGCGCGGCCAUGGCGGACCCGGCCCGGGACGCUCUCGGUGCCGCCGCUGUCCCGGAGCCUCCGGCCGCAGGCUCAUCCCCGCCCGCGGCGGACGAUGGGGCGGCGGCCGCGGGGGAAGUGGCAGCUGCCGAGGGAGUGGGCGAGGGCGAGGUGGGGGAGGCCGGCGGUGGCAGCGAGCUCAAGGCGGAGGUGGCGGACGGGGAGGUGAGGAGCGCGGAGGGGGAGGCGGCGGACGCGGAGGACCCAGGGCUGCAGCAGUGUGCGGCCAGGAAGGUGAAGCUGGAGCUGAAGGAGCGGAAGGAGAAGAAGCAGAAAGUGGACGAGGACGAGAUCCAGAAGAUGCAGAUCCUGGUCUCCUCCUUUUCUGAGGAGCAGCUGAACCGGUACGAGAUGUAUCGUCGCUCCGCCUUCCCCAAGGCCGCCAUCAAGCGGCUCAUCCAGUCCAUCACCGGCACCUCCGUGUCCCAGAACGUUGUCAUCGCCAUGUCGGGCAUCUCCAAGGUGUUUGUUGGGGAGGUGGUGGAGGAAGCGCUGGAUGUGUGUGAGAAGUGGGGGGAGCUGCCCCCCCUGCAGCCCAAGCACAUGAGGGAGGCCGUCCGGAGGCUCAAGGCACGAGGGCAAAUCCCCAACUCCAAGUACAAAAAGAUCAUCUUCCACUGAGAAAGGUUGAAAUGAGCUUCCUGUAGGACCUUCCCACAUGGACUCUUCUGUAAGGCCCCUUUGGGGUGGCCUGUGGCACCCCAACGAUGCUCCUGCUGUCCCUGCCCACCCUGGGCUCGGGACCCCACACUGAAUCCAUCCCUGACCUGGACUUGGGGACUCCUCUGCCUCAGCAUGGCAGGGAAAGGAACAUGCAGAGCAUUUCCUGCUGGCCCAGAGGUGCCAUCUGUGCCCAGAUGUGCGGCUUUUUUUGUACAUUAAACUUAUUCUUGUGUUGGUAACCCGA